AUGUCUUGGGCUGAUCUCGUCAACAACAAUCUGGUCGGUUCCGGUAACGUCAGUAAAGCCGCUAUUUGUGGAUUCGAUGGUUCGAUUUGGGGUAAAAGCGAUAAUUUCAAGAUUACGCCAGAGGAAGCGGCGGCAGCUGGACGAGGUUUUGCAAACAAGGACGGCUUAUUGGGCACCGGUUUGAAAUUCGAAGGCGAAAAGUAUUUUGUGUUAAAUGCAGACGAUGAUAGAGUGAUUGGAAAAAAAGGCUCACAAGGCUUUUUCAUAUACAAAACGGGACAAACUGUAAUAAUUUCGAUUUAUGAAGGAGGUGUACAGCCGGAAGCAUGCAGUAAGACAACGGGUGCACUAGCGGAUUAUUUUAAGAGCAUCAAUUAUUGA